UCCCCCGCGCGCCGCGCUGUAGUGAGGGGUUCCGGCCGCUGAGGACGUGGCUGGCCCGGCUCAGGCUCCGCAAGUUCCGCUGCGGGCCGCGGCCUACGGGCCUUGCCUCCCUCCCGAGCGAGCCAGCGCGCCCGGCCCAAGCUCGCAGCACGCGGAGGAUGAGGAGGCCCCGCGGCGGGGGAGGCGGCCUCCGCGGCUCCUGAGACCCGGCAUGGAGGCGGCCUACAGCGGCGAGGCCCUGGCCGGAGGCGGCGGGCUGGGGCCCGUGGAUGUGCCCAGCGCCCGGCUGACUAGAUACAUUGUGCUGCUGUGUUUCACCAAGUUUUUAAAGGCUCUGGGACUUUUUGAAUCCUAUGAUCUCCUGAAAGUGGUCCACCUUGUCCAGUUUAUCUUUAUAGUACAGCUGGGGUCUGCAUUUUUUAUGGUUUUGUUUCAAAAGCCAUUUUCUUCUGGAAAAACUGUGACCAAGCGCCAGUGGAUCAAAAUAGUUAAACAUGCUGUUGUUGGCUGUAUCAUUUCACUUUUGUGGUUUUUUGGCCUCACUCUUUGUGGACCUCUCAGGACAUUGUUGCUGUUUGAGCACAGUGAUGUUGUUGUUGUGUCACUGCUUAGUGUUUUGUUCACAAGUUCAGGAGGAGGACCAGCAAAGACAAGAGGUGCUGCGUUUUUCAUCAUUGCUGUGAUCUGUUUAUUGCUUUUUGAUAAUGAUGAUCUCAUGGCUAAAAUUGCAGAACAUCCUGAGGGACAUCAUGACAGUGCUCUUACCCAUGUUCUUCAUACAAUCAUUGCUUUCCUAGGAGUUGCAGAUCACAAGGGUGGAGUGCUGUUGCUGGUACUGGCAUUGUGUUGCAAGGUUGGUUUUCAUAUGGCUUCCCGAAAGCUCUCUGUAGAUGUAGGUGGAGCCAAGCGUCUUCAAGCUUUGUCUCAUCUUGUUUCCGUCCUUCUGUUGUGCCCAUGGGUCAUCGUCCUAUCUCUGACAACUGAGAGUAAAGUAGAAUCCUGGUCCGCUCUCAUCAUGCCUUUCAUAACGGUUAUCUUUUUCGUCGUGAUCUUGGAUUUUUAUGUGGAGUCCAUAUGUUCUGUCAAGAUGGAAGCCUCAAAGUGUGCCCGUUAUGGAUCGCUGCUCAUUUUAAUUAGUGCGCUGCUUUUUGGCAGCUUCUGGACACAUCCAAUAACAGAUCAGCUUCGCGCUAUGAACAAGCCAGCACACCAUGAAAUCACAGAGCAUGUUCUCUCUGGAGGAGUGGUAGUGAGUGCCAUUUUCUUCAUUUUAUCUGCCAAUAUUCUGUCCUCCCCCUCCAGGAAAGGGCAGAAAGGCACUCUUAUUGGCUAUUCUCCUGAAGGCAUUCCUCUAUAUAAUUUUAUGGGCGAUACUUUGCAGCAUAGUUCUCAGUCAUUACCCCGGUUUAUUAAAGAGUCACUGAAACAAAUCCUUGAGGAGUAUGACUCUAGACAGAUUUUCUACUUCUUGUGCCUAAAUCUGGCUUUCACUUUUGUGGAACUCUUCUAUGGAGUGUGGACCAAUAGCCUUGGUCUAAUCUCAGAUGGAUUUCAUAUGCUUUUUGAUUGUUCUGCUUUAGUUAUGGGACUUUUCGCAGCUCUAAUGACUAGAUGGAAAGCAACCCGCAUAUUUUCAUAUGGGUUUGGCCGUGUAGAAAUUCUCUCUGGAUUUAUUAAUGGCCUUUUUCUAAUGGUAAUAGCUUUCUUCGUGUUCAUGGAGUCUGUGGCCAGACUGGUAGAUCCUCCAGACAUAGAUACAAAUAUGUUAACUCCAGUCUCGGUUGGAGGGCUGAUAGUAAACCUUGUUGGUAUCUGUGCCUUUAGCCAUGCCCACUCCCAUGGGGCUUCUCGUGGAGGCUGUCACUCACAUGAUCACAGCCAUUCACACCAUGGUCAUGGACAUGGACACAGUCAUGGCCAUUCCCACAGUGACCACGGACACAAUCACAGUCAUGGACACAAUCACUCUCAUGGGUUUUCAGGAGGAGGCAUGAAUGCCAACAUGAGAGGUGUGUUUUUACAUGUGUUGGCAGACACCCUGGGUAGUGUUGGUGUGAUCAUAUCUACGAUAUUUAUUCAACAGUUUGGAUGGCUGAUAGCUGAUCCCCUGUGCUCUCUCUUUAUUGCUACGUUAAUUUUUCUCAGUGUUAUCCCACUGAUAAAAGAUGCCUGUCAAGUACUUUUGCUGAGGCUACCACCAGAAUGUGAGAAAGAUCUGCACAUUGCGCUAGAGAAGAUCCAGAAAAUAGAUGGUUUAAUAUCCUACAGAGAUUCUCAUUUCUGGUGUCACUCUGCUAGUGUUGUGGCUGGUACUAUACAUGUACAGGUGAUGUCAGAUGUGAUGGAACAGAGAAUUAUACAGCAGGUAACAGCGGUUCUGAAAGAUGCUGGAGUGAACAAUUUAACUGUCCAGGUGGAGAAAGAAGCCUAUUUUCAACAUAUGUCUGGCCUCAGUACAGGAUUCCAUGAAGUCAUUGCUAUGACACAACAAAUGGAAUCCAUGAAAUACUACAAAGAUGGCACUUACAUCAUGUGAUGUGAAGUUACAUUCACCACUGGGAUAUAAACUGUAGUAUUCAAUAUUUGUAUUAUUUUGUCAGGAGACCUUGCACAUAAAUGUACAGAAACAAAUAUAGUAUAUAUUUGAUUUUUUUAUAAAAGCUUAAUAUGUUGAGACUGGAUCAGGGAGCUUUUAUAAAGGAAAUAAGAUGGACUAGAACAUUUGCUGUAUAUGUGGAAAUAAAUCUGAAAUACUGUACUUGGUGUUUAUUAAACAGAAAUCUUGCUACAUGUGUGUGGAUGAGCACAAAUGUAUUCCAUACCUUCCCUAAAGUAUGGAACGUCAAAUCAAGAAUCAUGUUCAUGUCAAAAUUAAAGGGAAAAGAAAACGCUUUUCAAGAGAAACAAAAUUGCCUCCAAAAAUACUUUAUUUCCUUCAAAAUGAUUUUGAAGAAUCUCUGUGUGAAAUGCGUGUGUUUACACAUUUAUUUUGAAGAGUAAAACUUAAACUGCAUAUGAAGUCAAGGUUUUUUGCAGAGUUUGUUAGAUACAAAAAGGAAUAUACAGUUUUAUAUUUAUUUACUCUGUAUAAAACUGAUUUCUAACCAUAAUUUUAGUACAUCAAGGCAAAUAGAUGCUAUCAUUUUAAAUUUAUAUCAAAAUUUUUGUAAAAAAAAAUCAACCGGUACACAUGCUAGCAGUGUGGACGUAGGGAAGAACAGAAUUGCAAGUUUUGCCCUUGCGCUAUUUUGUGUUCUUGUUUACUGGGGAGGCUGAAAAUCAAUUUGAACCACUAUGUAAAAUAAACAUUUUAUACUUUUUUAUAA